UUGAGAAAAAAAUUACUUCUCGGCCGCGGCUAGCCAUGAGCUGUUUGGAUGUUAUGUACCAAGUCUACGGUCCUCCCCAGCCCUACUUCACAGCAGCCUACAGCCCCUACCACCAGAAACUCACCUUUUACUCCAAAAUGCAAGAAGCCCCGGAGAGCGGCAGCAGCGCCAGUGCCGGCAGCUCCUUCUCCAGCCACCCCGCGGCCAGCAUCAAGGAGGAGGACUGCAGCCCCGAGAAGGAGCGACCCCCCGAGGCCGAGUACAUCAGCUCCCGCUGCGUCCUCUUCACCUACUUCCAGGGGGACAUCAGCGCCGUGGUGGACGAGCACUUCAGCCGGGCGCUCAGCCAGCCCAGCAGCUUCUCCCUCGGCAGCGCGAAGGCGGCGCGGAACGCGGGCUCCUGGCGGGAUGGGUCCUUUCCAAUGAGCCAGCGCAUCUUCCCACCAUCCUUCUGGAACAGCACGUACCAGCCCUCCUCUGUCCCAGCCAGCCUGAGCAGCCCCCUGGCAGCUGCUGCCCACAGCGAGCUGCCCUUCGCUGCUGCCACUGACCCCUACGCACCCGCCUCUCUGCACGGUCACCUGCACCAAGGCGGCCCCGAGCCCUGGCACCACGCCCACCACCACCACCACCACCACCACCACCACCACCCCUACAUCGGGACACAGAGCACUGCCUACCCCCGCCCCACCACCAUGCACGAGGUCUAUGGGCCCCACUUCGACCCCCGCUACGGCUCACUCCUGGUGCCCACUGCCUCCGUCCGCCCCCACCGCCUCACCCCCGCCUCCGUAUCCACACCAGUCAGUCCCCCCUGUGAACUGGGCAAGAACGAAGCGGGUGCUACUGCGGCCUGGACAACACCGGGCCCCUUCCCCAAUGCAACGGGGGACAUGGCACAGAGCAUCGGCCUCAAUGUGGACACAGGUAAUGAAAAUGCCUGUACCUAUUUUUCUUCUUCCUUUUUUUCUUCUCUCCGUUCUCAGGUUUGCAACCUCAGGAUAAAAGCAAGGAUCUGUACUGGUUUUAGAGCUGUCCUUCAUACUUCUUCCCCUGGCUCUCCCCUGUAGGUCUCUACCCGUUAGACAUGGUGGCAUUCAGAGCUGAAAUCGGGUCAGUUUGUAACAGCUUCUGAUCUUGGUUUGCAGCUCGCCGUUACUCCUUCUGUGGUGGAUCCCUUCUGAGCUGAUGUGCUGACUCAAAGACUCUCAGAUCCCCCCUUACCCUUUUCCAAGCCCACCGUGGCCCUGCUGCUCGGGGAAAGACAACGGGAUUUAAAAGGACCUGGCAUUGCAAGGGGGAUACUUUAGACUUACUUCAGAAAGGGAAGGCCUUCUGUUGCAAGAGGAGAGCCAAAGACAUUGAACUUCUAUUUAAGCAGACCCCACACCCAGACCUGCAGCCAGACUACUCUGAAAGAGUUAAAUGACAUCAUGAAUGGUGAUGCAAAACCCCUGGCCUUCAUACAGGGAGCAGAGGAAAUUGUAGAGUUUUUUUUAGUGGUGUGAAUAUGAAUAUUUUUUUAUGGCAGUGAAGGUUAUUUCUUGAAUGCAAACAUGGCAAGGCUACUCAGCAGUUUUGAACUGGAUUUUUACUUUGCAUUAUAGAAAAGUAAAAGGAGAAAAAACUGGAACUCACAAACAUUUUCGGACUAUCGAGGAACCAGUCAGAUUUUUCAGCUUUGUGGUUGUGAGUGGCAAGUGUCUGACUGAAGCCACCUGCCCUGGACUUACAGAUAUGCAGCUGUUCCCCUCACAACUGCUUAAAUCCCAGAAAGACGAAAACCAAGGUGGCACUUUUCAGAGUUUGGCACAUUUGCAUUGGACGUAUGACAGUUGUUGGGUUGGGGGUGGGGUUGUUUGGUUUUGGUUGGGUUUUUGGUGGUUUUUUUUCUUUUUUUUUUUUUUUUACAAUAAACAUUUUCUGGUGAAAGUAAAACCCUCUUAAAGCAGGGGGGAGAAAGGGAUAUGAUGAAGAACGGCUCACCUUCAACCCAACAGCCUUUAAGGGGAACACCAGAACGAAAAGCACGUGAUGGACACUUGGUCUAAGUUGCCUCUAACACUUUCCUUUGUCUACUUGUUGCUGUCAUUUGCCACUUUAGUAGUUGUUUUGUUUGGGGUUUUUUGAAAGGGGGAAUUAGAUAUUUAACAGUAGCAAAGCUGUAUUAAAGGUAUCUCCUUCUUUCACCCUGUGUACUUUAAUGAAGUAUUAAAGCUAAAUAAGAGAAACGAGGCAAACUGGAAACUUCAGGAUGAAGCAGGAAAAGUAUCUCUCAUGUGGAGGAAGUGAGUUAUUUUAUUAUUUUGCAUGAAAGAUAAAUAGACAUCCUAACAGUUGAAAAUAUUUUCUUAGUAAGUAAAAUACACAGCGAUAAAUACAAAAGAUAAGAAAAUAUGAGACCAUUGCAGUGCUAUAUUUUAGCGUAUGGUGUGUCUGUAAGAUUGGUUAAAGUAAGGGAUCUGCUCCAUAUUUUUUCUGCUAGAAGAGGAGACUGUAGCAUACAGAAUUGCUAUUGCAGUGGUAAAUUAAAAUGUUAUUACCAGGUGAUGAAUAAUUAAUGAAAGAGAGCAGAAAUGGCACUUACCAUGUACUUAAAAGCUGAUUUUUUAUAGACCAAACAUCUGAUCCCAGUACUACUGUGUUUUGGGGUUUUUUUUCUUGGUUUUUUUUUUUUUCUUAAUGUAAUGUCUUUGAAGCUGACAAAUUUUAAAGCACAUAGUAGGAGAUUCCUGACAUUACCCCCUGACACUAGGAGAAGCAGUAGAAAAUGGACUUUUGUGCUGCAAUGAGAGCUUUUACCUUCCACACUCUCAGAAAAGCUGGCAUAAUGUUCACCGUGUGUCAGAAGUGGCAUUAUGAAUAAUCCAAAGUGGCAUUAUGAAUAACCCAAAGUUGCUUCUCCUAGGUUUGGUGGUAACUCAAUUUCUGGGAAAGAACAGGAAUCUUAAUAGAAAGAGUUUGACAAAGCAGCAUGAGUACAUUCUGUGAGAAGCUGACAAGGAGCACCCCCAGCCAGAGCUUAGCAAAU